AUGUCUACCACCGAAGUAGAGACCCUCGUCAUCGGCGCCGGCCCUACCGGUCUGGGUGCUGCCAAGCGUCUCAACCAGCUCAACCACGGCCCAUGGCUCCUCAUCGAUGCCAACAAGGAGGCCGGUGGUCUCGCUUCCACCGACACCACCGACGAGGGUUUCCUCUUUGACGUCGGCGGACACGUCAUCUUCUCGCACUACCAGUACUUUGACGACAUGAUCAACGAGGCGCUCCCCAACAAGGAAGACUGGUACGAGCACCAGCGUGUGUCGUACGUUCGUUCCAAGAACGUCUGGGUCCCUUACCCGUACCAGAACAACAUCACCGUCCUUCCCGUCGAGGAGCAAGUCAAGUGCAUCGAGGGCAUGAUCGACGCUGCCGAGGAGCGUGCACGUGCCAAGGACGCCCCUACGACCUUUGACGAGUGGAUCAUGCGCAUGAUGGGUCAGGGUCUCGCUGACCUCUUCAUGCGCCCUUACAACUUCAAGGUGUGGGCUGUGCCUACCACCAUGAUGCAGUGCAAGUGGCUCGGUGAGCGUGUCGCUGCUCCCUCGCUCAAGCUUGUCGUCUCCAACACGCUCAACAAGAAGGUAGCCGGCAACUGGGGUCCCAACGCCACUUUCAAGUUCCCCGCUCGCGACGGUACUGGCGGUAUCUGGAAGGCGGUCGCACGCACCUUGCCCCAGGAGAAGCUGCUCUUCAACAAGCGCGUCAAGACUGUCGAUGCCGUCGCCCACACGGUCCAGCUCGACGAUGGCUCGAGCAUCAAGUACAAGCACCUCGUCAGCACCAUGCAGCUCGACUUUUUGAUCGACAACGUCAAGCUCCCCGCUGAGGAGAACCACGCCCAGCUCAAGGCUGCCGUCAAGGAGGGUCUUGUUUCGUCGUCGACCCAUGUCAUCGGUAUUGGCAUCCGUGGCUCGCUCCCACCCCGUAUCGGCGACAAGUGCUGGCUCUACUUCCCUGAAGACGACUGCCCCUUCUACCGUGCCACCAUCUUCUCCAACUACUCGCCUUACAACUGCCCUCAGGCCGACGUCAAACUGCCAACGCUGCAGUACGCCGACCCCAGCAAGGGAGCCCCCUCCAAGGAGGCCAAGGAGGGCCCUUACUGGUCGCUCAUGAUGGAGGUGUCCGAGUCGCACCUCAAGCCCGUGGACGCACAAAAGAUCCUGGCCGAGACGAUCCAGGGCUGCAUCAACACGGCGCUCAUCAACGCCGACGACGAGAUUGUGUCGACCUACCACCGCAAGUUCACGUUCGGCUACCCCACGCCAUCGCUGGGUCGAGAUGCUGCGCUCGCCACAUUGCUUCCCGCUCUUGAGAAGCACGACAUUUAUAGCCGUGGUCGCUUCGGUUCGUGGAAGUACGAGGUAGGCAACCAGGACCACUCGUCUGCGCUUGGCUGGGAGGCUGUCAACCGUGCUCUGCUGGGCACGCCCGAGCUUACGCUGCUCAACCCGGACUGGGUCAACGGUCGACGCAACCACGAGCUUCGUCUCACCAAGUAA